CCCUGCACCAGCUGACGGUAGACUGACUGCAAGCUUUGGUGACGUCGCCAUGCAGGUUCAAAGGUUAAAAAUUAACUUUAAAGGCGAUGGCGCUAAACAAAGCGAGCGAGGUAGGGUGGUUUAAGCCCAGCCUUGGUGUGCAGAGACAGCCUGUUGUAGGUCAAGGAGGCGGCGCGCUGGAGACGUGGGUAGCAGCGGCUCAUCUCGCAUCCCUGGGCCAGUGGCAAAGAACUCGAUCGUUUCCUUGCGGGAUUUCCUUCUCUCUCUCUCGCCCUUUCACUGCACAAACCUCUUCUUUUCAGCAUCGCUUUAGAGGAAGUCAAAAAAACAGGCGAGCUUUUCAUCGUAAAUGUUCCUUUGCCAUUUAGCAUGAAUACAUCCGAAAAGAGGCGCUGUCAUAUUCUGUUGUACAAGAAGACAAAUUAGCUUGCCUACGCCGAACUGGACCAUGAACAAUGACUUCCCAGCGUGGAAAUACAUAACUGAGAACGCAACGCAGGCUAUUCCCAAAGAUCCGAGUGUCCAGGAUGGUUAUGUCCUGCUGCUUGUUCUGGUCUCUGUCUUCAUCGGUGGGACCUUAGUCCUUCUGUCCGGCAUCCUGAUUAUCUGCAGGAGAUGCUGUGAAACUGAUCGGAGAUAUUCAAGGGCUAAUGAUGAUCCUGAAAAAACCAACACAACUUACCUGGACGACUCUCAGCCAACACAAGAAAUUACCAUCAAAGUUGACGAUUCAGAGUGCUUAUCAACUGGCAGCUAUCAUGACUUGGAGACCGAACGAUUUCUAUCCACCUGUUCAACUGGUCGCAGAGUUUCUUUCAAUGAAGCUUCGCUAUUCGACCAUGGGAAGAAAGCACAAGAGAAAGGACGGAGAUAUACUCUGACCGAAGGGGAUUUUCACCAUUUAAAGAAUGCUCGAUUAACUCAUUUGCACAUCUCGCCACCUUCACUGAAGAUAGUAACAAUUCAUGAGUGUGAAUCCAGUGAGAAUAAUAACUUGGCUGUGACAACUCACACCCCAUCCUCCUCCAAAACCAACCUUUCCAUUUUCCAGCCCAUCACAAAUCCGCUGCCACAAAUGGCUCUGACAAGCCUCUCAGUCAGCCCCAGCUCUGCCCUGCCUGGGGAUACAAUCAAUUCAUCAGUUAACACUACCUUUGUUGAUGCAAAUGUUCCUGCACCUGCUGCUUCUGGAGAAGGUAGUGUGAGCGAGCCGGUCGCCGGGAGCACCAGAGGCAACGGCGGAGGCGCGGAGGCAGCGACGCCUCCCAGCCAGGGCGGCGUGCUGCAGUUCUUCACCAAGCUGCGGAGGCACGCCAGCUUAGAAGGAGCAAGCCCCUACUUCAAGAUCAAAAAAUGGAAGUUUGAAACAAGUCAGAGAGCACUGAGCCUCGAUACCAGAGGGUCUCCAAAGAGACACCAGUUCCAUCGACAGCGUGCUGCCGGUGAAAGUAUGGAGGAUGAAGACCAGGACCCUCAUCAGACUGACAUUAUACAGUACAUUGCGCACACGGAUGAUGUCACCUUUUGUCCCCCUCCAACUUCAUUCGCACAGACCCCCUCCAGCCCACCUUCGUCAGUUGCCAGGCUAGAUGCGGCAGAGAUUCUGCCGGGCGGGAGUGAAAGUGCUGAGAGAAGGGAGAGCUCUGAUCAACAGAGGAUCUACCGUGAUAUCUGGAAACUUCGAGCCUCUCUCGAACUUUGCGUAUCAUCAGAGCAGAGCAGCAAUGAUAAGGACUCAGUGCGGAGCGACACUGAGAGUCUGUGUUCGUUGAGUGGGCCGGCCGGCAGCCUCUCCCAGGAUGCGGCUGAUGAAGAUGACGGCCUUGAGGAGAGACCCACGGACAAAGGAGGCAAGCAGGAUAGUGUGGAUUCUGAGCGAGGCAGUGACAGCGAAUCGAACACAAGAAAGCUCCUUCAGAUGGACAGCGGCUACGCAUCAAUAGAGGCACCAAGCAAACUGUUAGAAGAAAGAAUUCUCAAGGUGGACAUUGAAAGUAGGACGAAAGACAAAACAGCUUCAGAGAAAAGGUUGUUCUUCACAAGUUCUGGGCGCAAAGGGACUGUCUUUGAAAGUUUUGAUGCAAAAAUAUUGAGUGAAGAGAUAGAGGAAGAAGGUGCUGUUGGAGGUGAACCAGAAAGCCCCAUAGGGUGGUCACCAUAUGGUCAAAUGUUUGCAACCAGAGACUAUUUACAUAGAAGGGAUUACAGCAUUGAUGAGAAGACUGAUGCCUUAUUCAAUGAAUUCCUCCGGCACGACCCUCAGUUUGACGACUCUCCGCUGAGGUCUAAGCACCGGUCCCGCAUCCACCUCCGCAAGCAAUGGCAGAGGACCAAGCAAUACAGCGAUCCAGGAAUCCGUUACCCGCCUGGACUGGAACGGCACCGAACGCCCCUCCGGAGAGGCGACAGCGUGAAUUACCCCCUCGACCAUCGGUACCAGAGCACCUUGCCCCGCAUCAUCAGCACCACGGACGAGGAGCAAUCCGGCAGUCAGGAACAGAUCAAAUCACCAACUGCUAAGGACUCGGAACAUCUCGGUGUGGACACUGAAGAAAGAAUCCAUAUAAUUGAGGAAGAGACAAUGGAGCAAGGAAGUGUCAUUGACCAGACUGAACAAAUAGACUUCCAGCAGCCUUUAGACCAUAUUAGUGACUUCACAGAGACAAAUAACUCUACAAACUUUGGGUAUGGGCCUCAGAUGAUAGGAGCAGAUCCCAAAGACAUAUUAGCUACUAGCAUCGAUGAUAGGCUGUACAAUAACCUUAAAAAAUCCAAGGAGAGUGUGGAGUAUGUAGUAUCUGUCACACACACGUCACUAGACCACAGUCCUGUUUAGCCUUUUUUUUUGUGGAAGUCUGACUCAAUUUCUUUUUUGUAGAAUUCUCAUCUGUAUGCUCUUCCUCUUUACUAUUAGAUACUCCUGACACACACAGGCAACUUUUGCUGCUAUCAUACACAAGAUGCUUCAUGUUCCCCCCCCCCCCACCCUUCCAUCAAAGAAUGAUUAGAUACCUGUAGAGCUUUAAUCCCUAGUACAUAAAUGUUUUAUUAGAAAACUAGCUUGCCUUUUUAAAUAAAAACAGAAUAAAAGAGUGGUACUGAUGACUUGGGGAAAGUUUUUCGAUUCAAGUUGUUUGGCUGUUAUUUUAUUUCUGUUCUUCCAAAAUACCCGAGGAUGUUUUUAAUAUUAAGAAAUGGCAUCAACCUGGUAUGAAUAGCAUUGUACACCAAGUGCUUCCUGUUCACAGAGUUGGCUGCAUCGCUCCCAUAUGCAUGUACCCUUUUCAUUCGAAGACUAUCCUUCGAAAGAAACUCUAGGAUUUUACCUCCAUUUGUCACCAGUGCAAGUAAUCUCCUUGAAACUUCUGAAAUUUUUUAAGUGUAAAUUUCUUCCUCAAGAUGUUCACUCUCUAUCCAUAAUUUCAUGUUAUGUUUUGUGAAUUAGAAUGUCAAUUUUUAAAAAAAAUAUAUCCUUAAUUGUUUGUACCUUCAGUGUAAAGGUGUCUGUAGUUUUAUUAAACAUAAACAAUGCUAUUCUGUAUUUAUGGAUGGACUGGGCACAAUAAAUGGACAAUGACUUUUUUUCUUAUUUUAAUUUUAUUUUUGAAGUCUUAUUUCCAAAAUCAUUCAGUAGAGUGGUUGUCUACCAGUCAUUCAGCAUUGAAUGUUUUGACUCAGUGACCAGCUAUCAAUGUAAUGCAUUUAGGCUAAUUUCACAGGUUUAAAUAAUUAUAUACAAUAAUUUUAUAAAAAAUAUGUGGUACUCUAUAGGUCACACAAAACUUCUUACAAAGACACUUUACCUGUUUUUGUUUUUUAUCUUAACUGUAAAAAUCAGCCUUGACCUAUUAUUUCAUUGACUUUUUUCCGCUUUCAUUGCUAAAAUAAAUUCUUAA